AACCUGGGACAAAGAACAGUCUGGGCGGAACUGCUUCAGUUGCGAAACCUCAGCGCAGCCUCGGGAGCUGCAGGCGGGCCCGAGUCAAAAGCAGCUCUUUUUUGAAAAGCGGAGUACAGUAUUGGGAUUCUUGAAACCUGAAACCUAGAAACAGAAUCGAAGCGGAAACCAGAAGGAAAACCCUGAACUCCUCCAGACAAUUGCUUCCGGGGAGUUUUAGGAGAGUGAGGGGGGAUAAAGGGCCUGAGAGGAGGGCCCCACGGAUGGCGCGUCCCUGAGGGUCCUGGCGACUUCGAGGAGCGUGGGAAGGAGAGGACCCUACUCUCACCCUGGGCUGCAGGUCAUGGCCACCGUGGAGCCGAAAGCCCUCGGCAUUGGCUUCAAGUGUCUCUCUUUAGCCACUUUUGUGCUCAUCUGUGCCGGGCAUGGGGGACGCAGGGAGGAAGGGGAUCCAGCCUGCUACGGGGGAUUUGACCUGUACUUCAUUUUGGACAAGUCAGGAAGUGUGCUGCACCACUGGAAUGAGAUCUAUUACUUUGUGGAACAGUUGGCUCAUAAAUUCAUCAGCCCACAGCUAAGAAUGUCCUUUAUUGUCUUCUCUACUCGAGGAACAACCCUAAUGAAGCUAACAGAAGAUAGAGAACAGAUUCGACAAGGCCUUGAAGAACUCCAGAAGGUCCUGCCAGGAGGAGACACUUACAUGCAUGAAGGAUUUGAAAGGGCCAGUGAGCAGAUUUAUUAUGAAAACAGUCAAGGAUACAGGACAGCCAGCGUCAUCAUCGCUCUGACUGAUGGAGAACUCCAUGAAGAUCUCUUUUUCUAUUCAGAGAGGGAGGCUAACAGAUCCCGAGACCUUGGUGCAAUUGUUUACUGUGUUGGUGUGAAGGACUUCAAUGAAACACAGCUGGCCCGGAUUGCGGACAGUAAGGACCAUGUAUUUCCUGUAAAUGACGGCUUUCAGGCUCUGCAAGGCAUCAUCCACUCUAUUUUGAAGAAGUCCUGCAUUGAAAUUCUAGCAGCAGAACCAUCCACCAUAUGUGCAGGAGAAUCAUUUCAAGUAGUCGUGAGAGGGAAUGGCUUUCGACACGCUCGCAACGUGGACAGGGUCCUCUGCAGCUUCAAGAUCAACGAGUCUGUCACGCUCAAUGAGAAGCCCUUUGCCGUGGAAGAUACUUAUUUGCUUUGCCCAGCACCAAUCUUAAAAGAAGUUGGCAUGAAAGCUGCACUUCAGGUCAGCAUGAACGAUGGCCUCUCUUUCAUCUCCAGUUCUGUCAUUAUCACCACCACGCACUGUUCUGAUGGCUCCAUCCUGGCAAUUGCCCUGCUGAUCCUCUUCCUACUCCUGGCCCUGGCUCUCCUCUGGUGGUUCUGGCCCCUCUGCUGCACUGUGAUUAUCAAAGAGAUUCCUCCACCCCCUGCUGAGGAAAGUGAGGAGGAAGAUGAUGACGGUCUGCCUAAGAAAAAGUGGCCUACAGUAGAUGCCUCUUAUUAUGGUGGGCGAGGUGUUGGAGGCAUCAAAAGGAUGGAGGUUCGUUGGGGAGAAAAGGGCUCCACAGAAGAAGGUGCUAAGUUGGAAAAGGCAAAGAAUGCAAGAGUCAAGAUGCCAGAGCAAGAGUACGAGUUCCCUGAGCCUCGAAACCUCAACAACAACAUGCGUCGGCCCUCGUCCCCCCGGAAGUGGUACUCUCCGAUCAAGGGAAAACUCGAUGCCUUGUGGGUCCUGCUAAGGAAAGGAUAUGAUCGCGUGUCCGUGAUGCGUCCACAGCCAGGAGACACGGGGCGCUGUAUCAACUUCACCAGAGUCAAGAACAAUCCGCCCGCCAAGUACCCCCUCAACAACGCCUACCACACCAGCUCGCCGCCUCCGGCCCCCAUCUACACUCCCCCACCUCCUGCAUCCCACUGCCCUCCCCCACCCCCCAGUGCUCCCACUCCUCCAAUUCCAUCUCCACCUUCCACACUUCCCCCGCCCCCUCAGGCCCCACCUCCCAACAGGGCACCACCCCCGUCCCGGCCUCCUCCUAGACCUUCUGUCUAGAACCCAAAGCUCGUGCUCUGGGCAGUCUCAGAAACUUUAGGGAGGAGGCUCCUCUGUGUUGUUAGAGCAAGUCUUUCCAGUUAAAGGAGGCUUCCAGUUUGGAAAUCAGUGGUGAUAAAGCCCAGUGGUGAUGUUCACACACUUUAAAAUUUGGUGUGUAAUGCCAAUAUGCCGACAAUUGUGAUCCAUGGAAAGAAACCGAAAUUUUAAAAUGCCUGAAAACAAAUGAGGCAACUACAGUCACAAUUAUAGCCAGCCAGACAUCACCUCUAGAAGGUUCCAGAGACAAUGAAACUGCUGAGAUGCUCUAAAUGGGAAUGUGUCUUGUGGAAGACCAAUAAGAAAUCAUUUCUCUGAGAGUGAAAUGCAGAGUCGGAUAAGAAAUAACAUUGCUGAGUUUCUAAUGCUGCUUUUCCUCCUCCAAUCCAAUUCCAUCAUUUAACCGUGGACCUUGGCCUAGGAACCAAGGAAUCCUCACCCCUAUGCACCACCCAGGAAGGUGGAAACCCUUUGCUGACAAUUUUGGGGAAAGCUUGAAAUGGCCACUGUGGCAAGAAACUCAACAUCAGACAUAUCCAAAACCAUGUCUUACUGAGAUUUUCAGAGGAGUAAAAAUAUGCCACAUUUUCCUUUCAAAUUCUCCCAAUUUCCAAGUGAGGAAGAGAGCAGGUGUUUACUGAUGGAAAAAGGUAUGUAGCCAUGUUGCUGUGUAAGUGAAAUCAGGUGUGUGCAUUGACAAGGGACCUGCUGAUGGGAGCAUCCAACAGUUUCUAAAACCCACAGGCCAUCAGCAGCUUGAGGUGGCUGGCUUUGGCCCAACGUAAUCCCCCAAGCCACAGACAACACAUUGUCGACAAGCAACCUGUUAAUGAUUCGUGUUAAAAAUCAAGGUUUGGCUUUGGUUUAAAUCACUUCAGAUAUGAAGAAGUGAUCGAUCCUGUUUUCCAGAGGCAAAUGUGAGUUGAUCUUCCCAAAAUGGCACCACUCACACCUACCACACAAUUUCACUGAUUUUAUUUUUCUUUCUUGGUAGAGUUAUGUAUCAGAGACUUCUAGGUAGAGCUGAGAGACAACGGUCCUGACAUAAUCAGAAAACUAUCUCCAGGUUCUUUGAUUAACCCCAAACAAGGCAUGUAUGUAGAUGCAAAUAGAUUUCUCCUUGGCUUUUUAACAUACUCACAAUUUAUUAUCAGCUGUUGACCCAGAGGCAUACACCAGAAAUGCUCAGCCUGAAAUUCCCACCAUGCGAGUCUCCCGCCUGAGACUCACUCCAUUGUUCCAAGUCUUUCUGAAUCUGUUGUGAGCAGUAAGCCCUAUCAGCACUUUGUAAACAUUGGGCCUCAUCACCCAAGGGUGGAAACGGUCAUUUUCCAGGGCCUCCUGCACCAACCUAUUCAAAAUAAUUCUCCCCCCUCCAGCUUUCCACAGGUCUUAACAUUACUCUCCCAAACUUUUUAAAUAUUUUCAGGAACAAAGCACAAUCAAUAUAAAUAUAAACUUAGUGCUUUGGGCCCUGGUCUCCAAAGAUCCUUCCAGAACAAAUCAAGCCAGACUCAUUCUUUCACCUUACUUACUACAGAGACAUAAGGACUUGGCAUGCAUUCCAUUAACACCAAUUCUUGUAGCCUCAACAGACAUUGCUUAUCAAUCACAGCACUAUUUCCCAUGGAGCCCUGUGAUUUCUUCACAAUCUUCAAAUCACAACUCCAAACAGCCACCACUCAUCAGUCAGAAUUGAGAGAGAGAUGAGCCCUAUUUGUCAUCGCUAGGUAGAAAACAAAAUAAACAAGGAUUGCAUGGGGUGGUGGGGCCCGGGGGAACCCUUGGGCAUAAAAGGUACAAUCAGGGGAACAUGGAUCUGGGCACACUGCCUGGACUGUAGGCACCAAACCUGCAGUGCCAAUGCCAAACUGGCACUCCCCCACGUGCACCGAACUCAGCCCUUCUCCCAGCCUGCUGCUUCCAGAGAAUCCCCAACUAUUCUCCUAGAGCUAAAAUCAGAAGUAUUUUCCAAGACUUAUGAAAGCAACCCCCCUCCCCAACCUGGCCCAUAUUGUCUAUUUUUAGAAUACUAGGCUUCUUCUUUAGGGUAGUCCUUCCUGAAGUGGGGACCAGAAUGUCUCGGCCACCUGCAGGGACACUGCUGGACUCCAGAAAACCAUUCCAUAGAAGAAUGGGUUCCCCAGGCUCCCAGUGUAGAGCUGUUGAGCCCACGACAACUGUUUUGACUGCUGGCAGUACAGAACAGUCCACCCCACACCACUGCUGCGUGACUCACUGCAUGCGGCCCAAAGAAACGUCAAGCCCAGAUGCUGACAUUGUUAUGAAAAAAGAUGGUGGGCAUCGAGUAAGAAUGCAGCACUCGGGACCUCAGGGGCAUGGCAGUCAGAGGCCCAGUGCAGUUUCUGGGAUGUUUCAGUGAACUUUUUGAUGAAAUAGGGAACUGCAAAUAUAUGAUGAUUUUGAAGAGGAUUAGCAGAGUGUGUCCUUAAAACUGACUCAUCAUGUCAUCUGUAGUCAUUUGGAAUUACAGUUGGAAAAGAAAAACACCUAUACUGUAUGAAUAAGGCAAUAUUUUAAUAGUAGGCUAUUACAGGCAGAAAAUUCUUUAACUGGUUUAUAAAAUCUAUCAUACUUGUAUCAUUCCCUGUAAAAGGCAGCAGACAUAUGAUUGUGAUCAGGAAACUGCACAAAAUUAUUUUUUAAACCCCUAUGUUAUUGUCUUUGUGAAGUUUUUUUAUAAUAAAACCCAACUUUUGUUGUAUAUAUUCGUAUUCCAUGUGUUAGAUGGAAGCAUUUCCUACCCAGUGUGAAUAAAAAGAACAGUUGUAGUAAAUUAUUAUAAAGCCAAUGAUAUUUCAUGGCAGGUUAUUCUACCAAGCUGUGCUUGUUGUUUUUUCCCAUGACUGUAUUGCUUUUAUAAAUGUACAAAUAGUUACUGAAAUGACGAGACCCUUGUUUGCACAGCAUUAAUGAGAACCGUGAGGGGUCCUCUCUGUUAACAACACACAGACAGUUUCUGGCCUGGAGCAUAGUACAUAUUCCAGUGAGACAUAAGGCCUCUCUUUUCCCAAGGUCAAGAACAGAGAUGGAGAACAAAUUAAUGAAUAGUCUUGGAUACCUGGCCUUGAGUAACUUCAUUGUAAGUAUUACCAGAAUGAGCAAAGAUGAUCUCAAAAUUUCAUACACACUAAAGUCCAAACACUGUGUCAGAUGAGGGAAACCAUCAAAAAAUCAGACAAAAAGAAUUAUUAUGAGAUAAUGAGCAACAGUUUCAGCCCAGAUCUAAUUCAAUAAAAAUAAUUAAUGCUGUGUAAAAUGGGUUGAAUUAGUUCGCAAACUAUAUAAAGUUAUGUGCAGUAAGAAGUCUGUUAAUGCACACCAGAUAGGAAUGGGGUGUUCUCGUCAAUUGCCUUUUCUAGUUAUCUGAGCUCUGCUAUAUUAUCAUACUUGGAUAACCAAUUUAAAAGAACUAGAAUAUGAUUUUUAAUACACUUAACAUUAAACUCUUCUUCUAAUUCUUUCUCCUUUCUGUGAUAAUUCAGAAGACAGUUAUGGACCUCCAGCGCCUCUGAGUCAUUGUUAUAAAAAAUUCAGUUAUCGCUAUACCAUGCUAUAGAGACUGGGCUAAACCUGUACAAUGAAAACCCUGGUUGCUUUAAAAAAAAAAAAAACAAUAAACUCUUAAAA